AUGUACCGUCACGCAACCGAAACGCCUCUCACUCCUCCCACAUCAUACCGAUCUUCCCCCACGCCGUCAGUUGGAUCUACCACCUCGAGGUCAUCAAGACCAUCGUUCUGCUAUCAACGAUAUUCGCCUUAUCCUAGGAUGAAGAUGGAACACGAGGAAGAUAGUGAGACGGAAGUGUUGAGGGAUAUAAGGGACGUGAGACUGGAGGAGUACAGGAGGAAAUUACAAAAAGCUAGAUCGACGAGCCCUAACGAUGAGCUACCUACCGCAAGACCCAAGCUGUCCACCGCCUCUUCCACGUCCGAGAGGAGAAAUCAAAGACGAGACAUGACUCAUCGAAGAGCUUGUUCAAUGUCCACCAUCUCCUACGGCUAUUUCCUGUUCCCAUAUCAGAAUCAAAGAACCACCCAAACUCCACUUCUCCGAUCUUCUACCUCAAGACCAAACCCAGCUCCAUUUUCGUAUCGUCAAUACCUUCCAAGAAGAGCACAAACUUCAUCUCCUCCCCCAGCUAGGCCACAUCCCAGGCCCUCCAUCGCUUCACCUCCUUCAAGGGGUUCAACUCCAACCCCAAAUAUCAACAGGUCUAAUCCAUCCACUCGGAAACUCAUCCUGGUCAAUUCGGUCGUAGCUAAUCACCUAAAACACGGUGGAAUGGUAAAUCUCCGUUCGGUUGACGGUCAAAAAUCUUUCAAAGUGUAUUUACCCCAUACAAUGGGUGGUGUGGAGAUGAUUAGAAGUCUAGCUACUUCAAGUACUUGUUAG